AUGUCACUUAUAUUCCUACAUAAAUUAUCAAUAUUAUUAUUAUUAUUUCUACUGAAAAGUACUAGACCUACUUUAAAUCUCUUUAAGCAAUGUGAAAAAAUUCCCAAAGUUGAACGUUUAGAUUGUCAUCCUGAUCAACAUGCAAGUCGUCGUGUAUGUGAAUCUCGAGGAUGUUGUUGGAUUCCAAAACCUAUAUUAGAUGAUGAUGCAUUGCCAAUAUGUUUUUUUCCAAAAUCCUAUCCAACUUAUCAAAUUUAUUCAAGUCAAAAGACUGAACGUGGUUUGAUUGCUCAAUUGUAUAAAUCAAAUCCAAAAUAUUAUCGAAAUGAAGUGAAAAAUAUUUCAUUUGAACUGAGACAAGAAACAUCAACUAGGCUACGUUUACGAUUUACUAUACCAUCACAAUUAAAUAGAUGGGAACCAUCUAUACCGUUAGGACGAUUAGAAGAUACUCCAAUAGCAAAUGUGCAAUAUAAUGUUUCAAUUGAGAGUUCACCUUUUGGAUUGAAAAUUAUGCGAAACAAUCAUAAACAAGAUGUGAUUCUGGAUUCAACGGGUUCACUUUCUUCAUCUCUAAUUAUUUCAAAUCAAUUCUUACAAAUAACAUUCCGUGUAUAUGCACAAAAAGGCUUUGGUCCUGGGGAAUUCGAGAAAGUAUUUCCAAAUCCAUUAAGCAAAUGGAUGCGCUUAGGAUUAUGGUCACAUGAUGCGAUACCUCAACCAAAUUUAAAUCUUUAUGGAACUCACAAUUUCUUCAUGGGUUUAAACAACGCACAAGAAGUAGCAAUAACACCUCUACCAGCCAUCACAUAUAGAACCAUUGGUGGAAUAUUAGAUUUCUUCGUGUUCACUGGACCGAAACCACUAGAUGUGAUAAAUCAAUAUUACGAUCUUAUCGGUCAUCCAACGAUACCCCCAUACUGGUCACUUGGAUUUCAUAUCUGCAAAUAUGGAGUAAAAAAUCUGGAUGAAGUCAAAGAAGUCCUCAAGCGAAAUAUGGAAGCUGGAAUUCCGAUAGAUGCUCAGUGGGAUGUUUUACGCAAGAAUUAUAGUAUAAGAACAGUGUUGAUCAUAGAUCCAGCUAUUAGCACAAAAGGUGGUCCCGGAUAUCGGCCAUAUGAGGAUGGUAUGAGACUCGGUAUUUUCAUUAAUGAUAGUCGAACUGGGACACCGAUUCUAGGUACGGUGUGGCCAGGGGAGACAGUUUUCCCAGAUUUCUCACAUCCGUCUGCUGAGGAUUGGUGGUUCAAGUCGGCGUCUGAUUUCCACAAAGUGAUUAACUUCGACGGUUUGUGGAUAGACAUGAACGAACCGGCCAAUUUCGAUUGUGGUUCACUCAGUGGUUGUUCAUCAUCGAAUACACUUGACAAUCCGCCUUUUGUGCCAAGAAUUUGUCAGAACUCGUUAUACGACAAGACAAUCUGUCCAUCAGCCUUACAUUACAACACAACACACUAUAAUUUGCAUAAUAUGUAUGGUUAUGAUAUGGCACGUGUAACGCACAAUGUUUUAACUCGAAUGUUUCCUGAUAAACGACCUUUCAUAUUGACACGUUCAAGCUUUGCAGGCACAGGUUUGUAUGCCGCUCACUGGACAGGAGAUGUUUUAUCGAAUUGGGAUAGUUUGAAAACGUCUGUGGUUCAAAUCAUUAACUUUAAUAUGUUUGGUAUUCCGAUGGUUGGUGCUGAUAUAUGUGGAUUUACAGGAAAUACAACAGAAGAGCUGUGUGUGCGGUGGAGUCAGUUAGGUGCUUUUUAUCCUUUUGCUCGAAAUCAUAAUGCAUAUGGUUCAAACAAUCAAGACCCUGCACAUUGGACUGAAGAAACGAUUGAAGCUAUAAAACAGGUUUUCCGUAUAAGAUACCACUUACUACCGUAUAUAUACACUUUAUUUUAUAGAUCAUACUUAAAUGGAACAACUGUGGCUCCUGCCCUCGCAUUCGAGUUCCCUGAAGACUUGGCCACACAUAAAGUCGAUUCACAAUUCAUGCUCGGAUCGUGUCUCCUGGUUACUCCAGUGCUAGAUGAGGGUCGGACAUUCGUUGAGGGUUACGUUCCAUCAGGAGAAUGGAUUAACCUAUCCACUGGCAAACGGUAUUUCAGUCGAGGUACAUGGAAAUAUUUCGAUGCUCCUCUGAAUGUCAUUCCGAUUUCUAUUCGUUGUGGGUGUAUAGUUCCAAUACAAGUUUCUGCUGAAACAACAGAUAUCGCUCGUAAGAAGGGAUUUGGUUUAUUUGUGAUCUUGUCUUCAACUGAUGAUGGAAGUAGUGCUGCUGGUCAGAGAAUCACAGCAUCAGGUGAAUUAUUCUGGGAUAAUGGAGAUGAUGCUAAUUUAAACUAUGUACAUGUGAAAUUUGAAGUACGUGAUCGUACUUUAACAGUGACUUCUACACCUUCGAGUGUUGAAAGCUUAGAGAAAAUUGAUUUUCAGGAACUGGACCUUAAACUGAUUUUCAUUGUUGGCCUCGGUAAAAUCCCCAGUGAAAUUAUGUUGAACAAUAAUCCAGUGAAAUUUAUAUAUCACCAUAAUGAGCAAACUUGUCAACUAAAUAGUCAAGAUCAUAUUACACUAUCUAAAAAUUUCAUUAUUAAAUGGAUUUUUUGAUUGGAAAUUAUGCGUGUUUCCUUCAUUCAACUUAAGAAACAAGCUUAAAGUUUACCAUUUCAUCACCACACACUAAAUCUUAUCAGUACGACCUUAUGACCCAUUUUGAGCAAAUUAUUCCCUAUUGCUUAAAUGUUUCUUUUUCAAAUUUAUAAUUAAAUGUAGUUUAUGUCAAACUUUAAUUGAUUUAUUUGACCCUUAUCCUUAAAUAUACGAUUUUGAACUUUUCAUACACGAAUUAAAAUGUAUUGUCAUUACAAAAAUACACUUAAAUGAGUAGAGAAGCUUUCAUUGUCUGUUUGUUUAUUUGUUUAACUAGAUUAUGAACAUUUUGUUAAUUGUGCUCUUAUCAACUAUCGUCAGUUAUGAAACUGAGUUGUGAGUCUUUUGUUUAAGAGUUAUAUUACGGUAUGUAUUUUGAGCAGACUAUAACGACAUAAAUGAACAAUCGGAGAUUUUUUCAGAAUAAUAGUUAAAUUAUUACUUGGUACGAUUCAUUAAUUU